CUUGAUGUCAGUGACAACGGUCAUGUUUGGGGAGUCAGCAAACAUCAGAAUAUCUAUAGAUGGACUGGAAAGAACUGGCAGCACAUUGGAGGAAGGCUAUACAAGUUACUGUGGGACCAUCUGGAGUUUGGGUAGUCAACAGAGCAAAUAACAUUUACUAUCGAAAAGGAACAUAUGGAGACAGCAAUACUGCUGGAUCUGGAUGGACCCACAUUGGUGGCAAGUUGAAGUGGAUAUCGUCUGGUAGCAAUAUUGUUGUUGGUGUGAACUCUGGCAACAACAUUUACUACCGUAAAGGAAUGAGUGCUUCAAGACCAACAGGUACUGGAUGGGUACAUAUACCUGGAAAGUUGAUGCAGAUAGAGAUAUAUGGAGAUGAAGUUGUUGGAACGAACACUGGAAAUGUAAUCUACAAAUGUCCUGUUUCUGGAGUACCUACCACAGCUACAAAAACAGUCGCUCCAGACGGAGGUGUUCAUAAAGCGGAUAAGAAAGGAUCAGACUACAGGGGAACUGUAUCCCGCACAAAAUCAGGACACGUCUGCCAGAGAUGGGACUCUAAUUCACCUAAUAAACACAAAUACUCUCCUAAGAAAUACCCUCAUUCAGGACUGCAAAACAACUAUUGCAGAAAUCCAUCCGGUGCAUCAAAAGGCGCCUGGUGUUAUAAUGCUGAGGGAACUAAGCCUCGAUGGGACUACUGUAAUAUACCUACAAGCAGUGGUGGAAAAGUUAAGGUGACAUCUGGAGUUGCAGUUACUGCUAAAUGGCAAGCUAUACCAGGAAGACUGAUUCAUAUCUCCAAAGGAAGAUCUGGCGUGUGGGGUGUUAACAGGGGAGGAAAUAUCUACAAGCUUAACAGUAACGGAAAAAGCUGGACUAAAAUACCUGGUAACUUAGUACAAAUUUCAUCUGGUUCGUCUGUAUGGGGAGUCAACAGACAUGGUCAGAUCUAUAGAUAUGUGGGUCAUAACAAAUGGCAGCGAAUACCUGGUGCACUUACCAAUCUUGAUGUCAGUGACAACGGUCAUGUUUGGGGAGUCAGCAAACAUCAGAAUAUCUAUAGAUGGACUGGAAAGAACUGGCAGCACAUUGGAGGAAAGGCUAUACAAGUUACUGUGGGACCAUCUGGAGUUUGGGUAGUCAACAGAGCAAAUAACAUUUACUAUCGAAAAGGAACAUAUGGAGACAGCAAUACUGCUGGAUCUGGAUGGACCCACAUUGGUGGCAAGUUGAAGUGGAUAUCGUCUGGUAGCAAUAUUGUUGUUGGUGUGAACUCUGGCAACAACAUUUACUACCGUAAAGGAAUGAGUGCUUCAAGACCAACCGGUACUGGAUGGGUACAUAUACCUGGAAAGUUGAUGCAGAUAGAGAUAUAUGGAGAUGAAGCUGUUGGAACGAACACUGGAAAUGUAAUCUACAAAUGUCCUGUUUCUGGAGUACCUACCACAGCUACAAAAACAGUCGCACCAGACGAAGGUGUUCAUAAAGCGGAUAAGAAAGGAUCAAACUACAGGGGAACUGUAUCCCGCACAAAAUCAGGACACGUCUGCCAGAGAUGGGACUCUAAUUCACCUAAUAAACACAAAUACUCUCCUAAGAAAUACCCUCAUUCAGGACUGCAAAACAACUAUUGCAGAAAUCCAUCCGGUGCAUCAAAAGGCGCCUGGUGUUAUAAUGCUGAGGGAACUAAGCCUCGAUGGGACUACUGUAAUAUACCUACAAGCAGUGGUGGAAAAGUUAAGGUGACAUCUGGAGUUGCAGUUACUGCUAAAUGGCAAGCUAUACCAGGAAGACUGAUUCGUAUCUCCAAAGGAAGAUCUGGCGUGUGGGGUGUUAACAGGGGAGGAAAUAUCUACAAGCUUAACAGUAACGGAAAAAGCUGGACUAAAAUACCUGGUAACUUAGUACAAAUUUCAUCUGGUUCGUCUGUAUGGGGAGUCAACAGACAUGGUCAGAUCUAUAGAUAUGCGGGUCAUAACAAAUGGCAGCGAAUACCUGGUGCACUUACCAAUCUUGAUGUCAGUGACAACGGUCAUGUUUGGGGAGUCAGCAAACAUCAGAAUAUCUAUAGAUGGACUGGAAAGAACUGGCAGCACAUUGGAGGGAAGGCUAUACAAGUUACUGUGGGACCAUCUGGAGUUUGGGUAGUCAACAGAGCAAAUAACAUUUACUAUCGAAAAGGAACAUAUGGAGACAGCAAUACUGCUGGAUCUGGAUGGACCCACAUUGGUGGCAAGUUGAAGUGGAUAUCGUCUGGUAGCAAUAUUGUUGUUGGUGUGAACUCUGGCAACAACAUUUACUACCGUAAAGGAAUGAGUGCUUCAAGACCAACAGGUACUGGAUGGGUACAUAUAUCUGGAAAGUUGAUGCAGAUAGAGAUAUAUGGAGACGAAGUUGUUGGAACGAACACUGGAAAUGUAAUCUACAAAUGUCCUGUUUCUGGAGUACCUACCACAGCUACAAAAACAGUCGCUCCAGACGAAGGUGUUCAUAAAGCGGAUAAGAAAGGAUCAGACUACAGGGGAACUGUAUCCCGCACAAAAUCAGGACACGUCUGCCAGAGAUGGGACUCUAAUUCACCUAAUAAACACAAAUACUCUCCUAAGAAAUACCCUCAUUCAGGACUGCAAAACAACUAUUGCAGAAAUCCAUCCGGUGCAUCAAAAGGCGCCUGGUGUUAUAAUGCUGAGGGAACUAAGCCUCGAUGGGACUACUGUAAUAUACCUACAAGCAGUGGUGGAAAAGUUAAGGUGACAUCUGGAGUUGCAGUUACUGCUAAAUGGCAAGCUAUACCAGGAAGACUGAUUCGUAUCUCCAAAGGAAGAUCUGGCGUGUGGGGUGUUAACAGGGGAGGAAAUAUCUACAAGCUUAACAGUAACGGAAAAAGCUGGACUAAAAUACCUGGUAACUUAGUACAAAUUUCAUCUGGUUCGUCUGUAUGGGGAGUCAACAGACAUGGUCAGAUCUAUAGAUAUGCGGGUCAUAACAAAUGGCAGCGAAUACCUGGUGCACUUACCAAUCUUGAUGUCAGUGACAACGGUCAUGUUUGGGGAGUCAGCAAACAUCAGAAUAUCUAUAGAUGGACUGGAAAGAACUGGCAGCACAUUGGAGGGAAGGCUAUACAAGUUACUGUGGGACCAUCUGGAGUUUGGGUAGUCAACAGAGCAAAUAACAUUUACUAUCGAAAAGGAACAUAUGGAGACAGCAAUACUGCUGGAUCUGGAUGGACCCACAUUGGUGGCAAGUUGAAGUGGAUAUCGUCUGGUAGCAAUAUUGUUGUUGGUGUGAACUCUGGCAACAACAUUUACUACCGUAAAGGAAUGAGUGCUUCAAGACCAACCGGUACUGGAUGGGUACAUAUACCUGGAAAGUUGAUGCAGAUAGAGAUAUAUGGAGAUGAAGUUGUUGGAACGAACACUGGAAAUGUAAUCUACAAAUGUCCUGUUUCUGGAGUACCUACCACAGCUACAAAAACAGUCGUUCGUAAAACAAGUACAACAGUUCGAAGAGUUAAGGUAACUUGGAGUCAACACAACGGAAAAUACCUUUCUGGGUACAGUAGUGGACAACACAAUUACCCUAAUCUUCAAGAGGCUGCUAAACAAUGCUACCAGCGUAAAGAUUGUGGAGGAAUCACGUUCGAGCCCAAAACAAAGAGAUUUACUCUAAGAAAAGGAACAUCACUCAAAAAAAGUCCUAGCCACGAAAUAUCCUGGACCAAAACAACUACAACUACAACUGGAAAAGGUGGAGCGACUUCCGUUCGUAGAACAAAUACAACAGUUCGAAGAGUUAAGGUAACUUGGAGUCAACACAACGGAAAAUACCUUUCUGGGUACAGUAGUGGACAACACAAUUACCCUAAUCUUCAAGAGGCUGCUAAACAAUGCUACCAGCGUAAAGAUUGUGGAGGAAUCACGUUCGAGCCCAAAACAAAGAAAUUUACUCUAAGAAAAGGAACAUCACUCAAAAAAAGUCCUGGCCACGAAAUAUCCUGGACCAAAACAACUACAACUACAACUGGAAAAGGUGGAGCGACUUCCGUUCGUAGAACAAGUACAACAGUUCGAAGAGUUAAGGUAACUUGGAGUCAACACAACGGAAAAUACCUUUCUGGGUACAGUAGUGGACAACACAAUUACCCUAAUCUUCAAGAGGCUGCUAAACAAUGCUACCAGCGUAAAGAUUGUGGAGGAAUCACGUUCGAGCCCAAAACAAAGAAAUUUACUCUAAGAAAAGGAACAUCACUCAAAAAAAGUCCUAGCCACGAAAUAUCCUGGACCAAAACAACUACAACUACAACUGGAAAAGGUGGAGCGACUUCCGUUCGUAGAACAAGUACAACAGUUCGAAGAGUUAAGGUAACUUGGAGUCAACACAACGGAAAAUACCUUUCUGGGUACAGUAGUGGACAACACAAUUACCCUAAUCUUCAAGAGGCUGCUAAACAAUGCUACCAGCGUAAAGAUUGUGGAGGAAUCACGUUCGAGCCCAAAACAAAGAAAUUUACUCUUAGAAAAGGAACUUCACUCAAAAAUAGUCCUAGCCACGAAGUAUCCUGGACCAAAACAAUUUCAACCUCCACUCAUAACGGCCAAGGACACAGACAACGUGGAUCUCCUCCUAAUGGUGGACCUCCUCGCGGUGGACCUCCUCGCGGUGGACCUCCUCGCAGUGGACCUCCUCGCGGUGGACCUCCUCGCGGUGGACCUCCUCGCGGUGGACCUCCUCGCGGUGGACCUCCUCGCGGUGGACCUCCUCGCGGUGGACCUCCCCACGGUGGACCUCCCCACGGUGGACCUCCUCACGGUGGACCUCCUCACGGUGGACCUCCUCACGGUGGACCUCCUCACGGUGGACCUCCUUUCGGUGGACCUCCCCACGGUGGACCUCCCCACGGUAGACCUCCUCACGGUGGACCUCCUCACGGUGGACCUCCUCACGGUGGACCUCCUCACGGUGGACCUCCUUUCGGUGGACCUCCCCACGGUGGACCUCCCCACGGUGGACCUCCCCACGGUGGACCUCCUCACGGUGGACCUCCUCACGGUGGACCUCCUCACGGUGGACCUCCUCACGGUGGACCUCCUUUCGGUGGACCUCCCCACGGUGGACCUCCUCACCAUCCCCCUCCUCAUCAUCCCCCUCAUUACCAUCCCCAUCCUCACCACCCCCCUCCUCAUCAUGGACAAUAGAUUGAACUCUUGAUUGAUGAUGAAGGAGAGUCAUGAUGAUGAUGAUGAUCUCGUGAAUUAAUUGUUAAGGGUUAUGUGAGAUAAAGGCACAACUGCUGGGCAGAAUGCAGAUCUUUUGUUUUGUGCUUAUUGAUCAACGAAUAUGUAAAUAAGAAUCCAAUCAAUUUGAUAAAUAUUAUGAUAUUUUGAUUCUUGACACAUCU